GUUGGAAGGGGGUUGAGCCUCGCCUUGGCAGUCGGCAGGUUUCGUUUGAGAUUUCUCACCUUGGUCCGUCUUUUGGAGGGUCCUUUCCCCCUCCCCCAGCUGCCAGCCUGGUUUGGACGGGGGUCCCGGCAGCCAGGACUCCAGGGUCCCCCCGCAGCGGAGACGUCCAAAAAAAUCCUAGGUCUGCAUUGUUCUAAUAGAUAUUUGGAGAGAGAAAAAGAGACUCCAAGAGGCAUUUUAAAAUUGUAUCGAUAUUCUUACUUCUCUCAUGGCCUCACUUCUUUCAGGCCGCGGAUCUGAGACCCACAACACGAUGUCACGUGAAAACGAUCAGAAAUCGCCAUUGCUCACCAAACCGUCUUUCACUGAGUUGCAAGCCGCCACACUGGUAGAGUCCAUUUUUGGGUUAAACGUUUCCAAGGUCAAGGCGCUCCCCAGCUACGAUGAUCAGAACUUUCACGUGCACAUUUCAAAAGAUAACGGAACUCCGGAAGAGCUGUCGGAAUAUGUCCUGAAAAUCACAAAUAGCGAGUCUAGUAAGAACUCUGACCUGAUUGAAGUGCAAAGCCAUGCCAUCAUGUUUCUGAGGAAGGAAGGUUUUCCAACAGCCGCCCUGCAAAGUACUAAAGAAGGCAACAUAACUUUUCUGAUGACUGUAGGCUGUGGCUCAGAAACCAAAAGUUACAUGAUGAGGCUAUUGACUUACCUCCCAGGAAGACCCAUAGCACAAGUCCCCGCCACUCCUUCAAUCUUGUAUGAGAUUGGGAAAGUAGCAGCCAAGAUGGAUAAAACUCUGCAAGAGAAAUUCCGCCACCCAGGAAUAAAUAAUCUCCAUCGAGGGGACUUUAUUUGGAACUUAAAAAAUGUACCUCUUUUGGAGAAAUAUGUUCACGCCUUAGAUGGGAAUGGAAAUCGUGAGAUCGUGGAUCAAGUUAUUCAACAGUUCAAAGACAAAAUAUUGCCCAAGUUAAAUCAUUUUCGAUCAUGUAUCAAUCAUGGGGACUUCAAUGACCACAACAUUUUAGUAGAUGUCAGCAGGGCUUCCCCUGAAGAUGCCUCGUAUCACAUUUCUGGAAUUCUGGACUUCGAUGAUAUGAGUUAUGGGUAUUAUGUGUUUGAAGUGGCAAUAACGAUCAUGUAUAUGAUGAUUGAGAGCAAGGACCCUCUUCCGGUAGGAGGCCACGUCCUUGCAGGGUUUGAAAGCAUCGUGCCCCUGACAGCUGAAGAGAGAGAUGCGCUGUUCCUAUUGGUGUGUGGUCGGUUUUCCCAGUCCAUGGUCAUGGCUGCAUAUACUUGCUUACUCUAUCCUGAGAACAAGGAAUACCUCAUGAUCACUGCCAAAACUGGUUGGAAACACCUAAAGCAAAUGUUUGGCAUGGGUCAGAAAGCUGUAGAAAAUAUCUGGUUUGAAAUUGCACAGUCCUACUCGCCGGAGAAGCCAGUAUGAUUCUUUUAAUUUUAAAGAGAGAGCGCUAUUAAUUUGGGUAUGCCAAGUCAGGAUUUCCCCAAGCAGUGCAUCACUAUGCUCUGGGAGCCUCCAGCUGGGUCUCGGGAUCUUACUCUUGCAGCCGUAUUGAAUUUCACUCAAGUUUGGGAGAAUACUGCAUAAGCAUAAUGAAGUCCAAGAUGGUGGUGUCUAGAAUGGCAGCACGGUCCCCCAGUUCUGACCACUGCCAUCUUGGAUUUUACUGUCCAAGUGAAGUAAAAUCCAAGAAGGUGGCAACUGGAAAGUUGAGAAGCACCAUUCUAGGUAAAUACUUGCUUGGGAUCAUUUGACACAAGCCAAUUUUUCUUGUAACCUAAGCCUAAAGUUUUGUGAGUUUGGACCUAUUGAAUGGGUCGAUGUUAAAAAAAACUACGGCAUACUAGUUUAAUAGUUCUGAACACAUGAUUUGUUCUUUCUCAUUCUCAUUAUUUUAAAAUGAGAAAACUUAGAUCUAGAUGAAGUGCCAGCUGACCUACCCAUCUAUCCUUUUUUGUCUUUUCAAUUAAAUAUAGGCUACUCCCUAACUUGUUCUCACUUCCCAUUUUGGAGAGAACACCGGAAUUAGGGAUUGUUGUUAUGAAAGUCAACAUCUGGGCUGGUUUGGGCCCUAGUUCUGGCUGCCCUCUGGGAAGCCAACAGAGAUGGUCCUCUUGGUGACUUGAUAUGGGAUAAAGUGUGGGAUUUUAGUAGCCUUGAUGCUCAAUAGGGUCUGAACUCAGUAUAAAGGUUUUUUUCCCCAUUCA